AUGCCUCUCGGAAUACAUAAUCCACUGCCAUCGUCUCUAUCGAGUGAAUGUAAAAAAGCCGGCAAAAUCCUUGCGUCCUUCAUCGAUCCGAGACAAGCUUUUGGUCCUGACAAGAUCAUUCCUCCUGAGAUUCUCGCUGGCGCCAAGGGUCUUGCCAUCCUUACGGUCCUUAAAGCUGGAUUUCUAGGGUCUGCGCGGUUCGGAUCUGGAGUUGUCGUGGCCCGUCUGGCUGAUGACUCCUGGUCUGCCCCAUCAGCCAUUGCGACUGCCGGUGCUGGCUUCGGCGGUCAAAUUGGGUUUGAGUUGACCGACUUCGUCUUCAUCUUGAACGAUGCAGCCGCCGUACGGACAUUCUCACAGGUGGGGACAUUGACUCUGGGUGGAAAUGUGUCCAUCGCCGCUGGACCCGUGGGAAGAAAUGCCGAGGCAGCGGGCGCAGCUAGCACAAAGGGCGUGGCAGCAGUGUUCUCCUACUCGAAAACAAAGGGAUUGUUUGCCGGAGUCAGUCUGGAGGGUAGCAUGCUCGUCGAACGUAAGGACGCGAACGAAAAAAUGUACAACAGCCGCGUUUCCGCGCGUCAACUGCUUAGCGGCACUAUCCGGCCUCCUCCCGCUGCGGAUCCUCUCCUUCGAGUGCUGAACUCUCGCGCUUUUUCCGGCAACGUCAGAGGGGCUGGGGAAACGAUGUACAACGACAUCCCAGUAUACGACGACAGACAUGAUGAUGUCGUAUGGGAGGGCCGACGCAGAGAUGCAUUUGGCCAGGGGACUCAGCGAGAUCGUGGUGGAUUCAACGCUUCGGACGAUUAUGAAUACCGUGACCGUCCUCGUCGAGCGAACACCUGGGCAGACGACGUGUACGACCGACCCGCUGCAGGGUUGGGCCGAUCCCCGACCACAAACCAGGCCGACAGCUUUGAUAGGUUCGGCGGCCGCAGUCGAAGCAACACCGCGCCAUAUGAGGAUGAUUACGUCUACUCUGACAGCAGGCCCACUCGCCCGACAGCACCGAAGCCGGUCUUCGCGCAGCAUACCGCUCAGGCUGCCGCUCUGCGAUCAGAUCAGGCUAUCGCCAAGUUCACGUUCGAUGCGGACCAGGAGGGUGACCUGGGCUUCAAGAAGGGCGACAUCAUCACGAUUCUCAAGCGCACGGACAAAGCAGAAGACUGGUGGACAGGGCGUAUCGGGGACCGGGUCGGUAUCUUCCCAAGCAACUAUGUCGAUGCGGUCUAG